GGGGCGGUGCGGAGGGUGCGGGGAAGCGCCGGUGCGGCGCCGCGCUGCCCCCGUGUGCAGCCACCCGCGGCCGUGCGUGAAGUGCGGGGAUGGCCCCGCCGCCGUCGUCAUCCGAAUCGGGGAUGCGUUUUGUCGCUCCUGUUUCCGUGAGUACUUUGUGCACAAGUUCCGUGCCAUGCUGGGCAAGAACCGUGUCAUCUUCCCAGGAGAAAAGGUUCUGCUGGCACUGUCGGGCGGGAUGGCCUCCAGUGCCAUGCUGCGACAGGUGCAGGAGGGGCUGAGCCGUGAGACGGCCAAGCGGCUGCGCUUCGUGCCUGGCCUCAUCUACAUCGACGAGGGAGCGGUGUGCGGGCAGAGCCUGGUGCAACGGGAGCAAACUCUGACCUGCAUGGAGGCCUUGCUGCAGGAAACCGGCUUCCCCUACUACCUGGCCUCCCUGGAGCAGGCCUUGGAGCUGCCUGGCUCAAUCCUGCAGCGGGGUCCUGGUGGGGACAGUGAGCCAAGCCCUUCUUACAAGGCGGCUGUAGAGGGUUUCAUCCAGCAGCAGCGGCAGGAGGAGGCCAGUGGAGAUGGUGGCACCUCGCCCACGGGGUUCAGCACCCAGGAUGGUCCCACAGGGGACUCCCAUGCCUGCCUGCCUGCAGCUGCCCGCACUGAGGAGCUGCUGCGGCUCUUUGAUGCAGCAGAGACGCUGACGGCAAAGGAGGAGCUGCUGCAGAUGCUGCGGAGCCACCUCCUCCUGCACACUGCCCGCACGCAGGGUUACACCAAGGUGAUGACAGGCGAGAGCUGCACCCGUGUGGCCAUCAAGCUGCUCACCAAUCUGGCACUGGGACGCGGCGCCUUCCUCGCUGUGGACACAGGCUUUGUGGACAGCCGACACGGUGACGUGACAGUGGUGCGUCCCAUGCGGGACUACACGGCCAAGGAGAUUGCAUUCUACAACCACUUCUUUGGCGUCCCCACCAUCAUCACACCACCCCUCCACACCAAGCGCCGAGAGAAGACCAGCAUCCACCGCCUGAUGGAGAACUUCCUGCUGGGGUUGCAGGUGGAUUUCCCCUCCACCAUCAGCACCGUGUACCGGACAGGUGAGAAGCUGAGCGUGGCUCCAGCAGAAGCAAACAGCGAAGUGCAGCGUUGCCUGCUCUGCCUCUGCGCCCUGGACAUCGCUGGGGAGGAGGAGCUGGCCUUAGAGCCCACGCUGGUGAAGGAGGAGACAGGGAACAGGGCUGAGAGCAGAGCUGCCUUCAUCCCACUGCUGUGCUACGGCUGCCGCCUGACGUUCAAGGAAAUGGGCCCCCCAGCCACGCUGCCACCCUACGUGCGCACCGAAGCUCAGCGCAGGAACUGCAGGGCUCUGAUGAAGCAGCAGAUCCAGGAAUUCCUGCUGGAGGAUGAGGAAGAGGAACCUGGCGGGAGCUGACAGUGCAGGGCACAGCUGUGGGGCAGGAGGGUCCUAUUAGGGUGAGGGAAUCUGGAGUCACUGGGCCACCUGUGGUGAUACCUGGCAUGCAGGCAGCUGCUUUUACACCAGAUUCAAAUGAUCCAGUACCAGCAGGGGGUCAGGGGAGACCCCCCUCCAAGUGCCCAUGCAGGGGGUGCUGAUACCCACAGGCAUCACAUCCCUGCUCCCGCCCCACUGCUGGGGAAGCUGGGGUGGCCUCAGCUUUAUUUUAUUAGAUAUCUGUAUAAAUAAACCAUUUGAAUUAAAAA